AUGCAACUAACACCUAGUUCUUCUGGCAAAGGUCUUCACAUUCCUCAUGAUAAUCUUGAAGACAUUGGAGAUUUCGGCAUUGCCAACGAUGAACAAGUGAAGAAGUUGGAGAAGAAGAUGGAUGGAGUAUUAAAUGAGAACAAAAAGUUAGCUGCUGAUAACAAGAAAGUUUCUGAUCGUGAGAAAAUUCUUGAGAUACGUGUGAAAAGGCUGGAGUCUGAUAACAAAGAGUUGUUGAAGAAGAUUGACUCUGAUCAAUCAGAGAUAGAUAUCUUGAAAGUGAGAGUUGCUGAGCUUGAAGAAGAAAAAGCUCGAAGAGAUGAACAAAAUGAAUACUUCAAGAUGAAAAACAAAGAGUUAGAAGCGGCAAAGGCAUUUAGAGAUCAUGAAUUCUAUAUGUUGAACAAAGUCGUUGAAAGUAUGCUUGGAACGACAGUUGAACAAAAGUUUGAAGAGUUACAAGUUGAAGAACUCAGGGCACAACGUCAAGCAGUAAUAGAUGAACAGAUGAAAGAUAAAGGUAAAGGCGUGGAAGGUAGUUCUGCUGUGACAGAAAGAUCAAUUGUUCCUUCCAUGGUUGUUGAGAAUCCUGAACCUAUAUCUGCUAUAUCUGGUCUUUUUGAGGAAGAUACACAUCUUGAAGAGUUAAUUGGUGAUGAUGAUGAAGAAGAUGAUGAUGAUGAAGAUGAGGAAGAAGAGGGUGAUGAUGAUGAAGAUGACGAUGAUGAGAAAGUCUUCUCGGCGAGCAGUCAUGGUUCUGAUAACGAUGACGACGAUGCUCAGGGUGGUACGGGAUUGAAAGUAACUGAAGCUUCCACUGAGAAAAAUAUUGAUGAUCUGAUGAAUGAUUCUGUGAAUGAAGAAUCAGGGGGAGCUGAGGGAAAGGGGGAGUCGAGUGAUGUUCAGAAUGUUCAACAAGCCGAAAAGUUAAUUUUGAGGUUGGAUACUUACAGAGAAGAAGGUGGACAUUUUCAUACGUACACGUUGGAAGCAAUAAAAGAACUGACGCGUAUGGUGAAUCCUGAUUUCAAAUUCGAUUUUGAGGAAGAAUUGAAUGCCUUCGACAUCAAUCAACAGCCUGAAUAUGAGUAUAAGUAUGUUGAAGAGGCUGACAUGUAUGACAGAGUUGAAGUUGAAGAUUGGACGGAUGAUGAGAGUGUUAGUGAAGAUACUUCACAGUUGCCUACACUGAUGGAGUUCUUUACAGAAGAGAACCGAGAUGAGUUGAGAAGAAAAGUUUCUGAGAUUUUGAAAGAUAAGAACUUUGAUGGCACUCCCAAAGACAUGGAAAAGGAAGAAAAGAAAAGGUGGUUCAAAGACAGUCACGAAAGGAAGUUCAAAAGACCGUUAAAGUACUAUCAACGUGAUCGAAGUGUGUCUCUCGGUGACAUCAUCAGCUGGGGUUUCUUACCUCAAGUGAAUGCUUACGCAAUCAGGAGAGAAUGUGGGGUGCAGUACUUUGAAUACUUAUAUGACGUGAUGUCAUUACCCUGGUGGGAUGUGGAAGAGCUAUCUAAAGUCAGAACUUUAGAUUAUCCGGUACGAAAGAAUGAUAUUCCAAUGUGGGGGUAUAUCAAGUUUGAAGCGUUGAAAGAGUUUCAUCAUUGGAAACCGCAUUACCCUAAGAGAGUGCGGAGGGUAAAUCCGGAAACAGGAGUUGAAGAAACGAUACUCAAUGUGAAAAAGCCAAAGACAAUGAAGACUAUCCCAGUGCCACCAAUGGAGUAG